CCGCCAGUGCCGCCGCGUGUUCCUCCGUGACACCUCCGUGACCCCGUCGAUGACGCGAGCGGAACCGGAGCGACGCGAUCAGCACGUACCUCCUCUCCGUCGUCGAUAAUUAUUAAUGUUGAGAGGGAAGAGAAAGAAAAGAGAGAUAAGCGCGACAAAACGCCUCUGGCGUUCGAGACGUCGCCAACUUGACGAUGACGUGACUCGAUGAUCCCGAAGUCGUCCGGGGCGAAUCCAUUUCCGUUCGAUUUGGCAUCGCGGAGUAGCGUGCUCCUCAUAGGACUAUUCUUGUCUCGUACGAAGUAUGGAAAGAGCCUAAGAUCGGUAUUCUCGAAGAAAUCGAUGGAUGAGGCAUAGUAAAUCCGGGAAACGCAGCUCGGUGGAGCGUAUCUCUCCUCUCGACACAUCGCGUCGAUUUCUGUCUAAUGUUUCCCGGACCCGAUAACGAAGUGAAUCCCUGAGUGAUCUACGAGUUCGUAGGAAUUGGCUCAAUAUCGAGAUAUAUAUCCGAUGAGGAUGAGGUCGCAGACAGGGGUCGUCUAAGUAGUCUAUAAAGAAGAUUCGGCCUGACCUGUCCGACCCGAUAAUCGCGUCCUGAUAACCCUUGAUUAAUUAUUAGGCCUUUUUUUCCUGCGACGGAGAUCUCUUACCGAGAAGUGCUUAUCGGCAUCAAAUCCACGAGGCGCACUUUAUCUCUCAUCGAAAUUUGCCAUUCGAUUUAUCGUUGAUCGUCUGAUGACAUUUUUCACAUUUUCGUGCCGAAAGAAGAAUUUGUUGUGUCCGCGGAUCUCUUCAAUAUUUAUGAGAGUCUUGGAUUGUGCGUACCAACUGGUGAAAAAAGUGUUUUGCGCGCGUGUUAGGACGGGGAUAAAAAUGGAGGCCCAUCACAAUAAUAACGGUUUGCCAUCGAUGGAGGAUAAAGCUGGCCCAUCCAGCAAUGAACACUGCAGCAACAACUCCUUGGACGACGCCGUGGGCAAAUUACUGCAAGGAUACGACUGGACGCUACUUCCGGUAACUUCGCGCGCCGGUGGACGAAGAAGUGCCCAUGUGAAGCGGCCUAUGAACGCCUUCAUGGUGUGGGCACAGGCGGCAAGACGACGAUUGGCCGAUCAAUAUCCGCAAUUGCAUAACGCCGAAUUGUCAAAAACGUUGGGAAAGUUGUGGAGGAUUUUGAGCGACGGUGAGAAGCAGCCGUUUAUCGAGGAAGCUGAAAGACUGCGAAACGCGCACAAGAAGCAACAUCCGCAUUACAAGUAUCAGCCGCGUCGGAGGAAGCCGAAGUCGGACGAUCAGAUGAGCAUCAUCAUGCACAGAGGCGGACUAUCAUCGCCGGGGACUUCCCUCGACUCUUCGGCUAGUCCUUCGGACUGCACGUACGCUCGUCUGUACCCGGACACCGGUGUAAAGACGUAUGAACGACCGUCGACUUAUCACGAGCCCAAAUCCAGUACGUAUGACCUAGCCAGACCGGUCUGGGUGAACGAGACCGUCGCAAAGUAUCCCACUGCCGCCGAUCAUCCUGGCAAGCAGACGUACGAGACGAGGAGUUACGCCGAGGCCAAGUGUCACGAAGUCGCCAAGUACCACGAGAUGACUGGCACCAGGUCGUAUCAUCAUCACGAACCGACGGCGAUCAAAUACUCGGACUUGCAGGCUAAAUCCUACGAUCUGCCCAAGGGGUAUCCGGAAGCCAAGGGGUAUCCAGAUGGUCUCAAGUAUCCCGCGGAGAUGAGUGGAGUCACCGCUGCCGCAGCCGCCGCUAAGACUUCCUACACCUGCGUGCACGGGCAGUAUUAUCCCACCGCGGAAGGAUACGCUGUUCACGGUGAGGAAAACGACUAUCAGUCGCAGAGCGUGUCGUCGCAUCCUUCCUUUUAUCCCUACAUAUCGGCGUCCAUGGCGCAACCACCGUAUUAUAUGGGACCCCGAUAAAUGAACCCCGAACCGCCGAGAAGGUGAGACGACGCUACGUUCGUGAUCAAAUUGAGCUUGGAAUUUUUCGAUGGUCAAAUCGUACAAAUGUAAUCGAGUUUUAAGCUCAGUUUCGAGCUGUCCGAAUAUUUUCAAGUCGCAAUACAUGUAUCCGAGCUAUUUGAUGACUGCUGCCUGGAAUCUGGAUCGUUCACCUCCUUGACGGUACGUUACAUCAUUGGAAUCUCGAAUAUCGUGUGCCUAAUGAAAACUGUAAAAUAUUAUA